UGUGUUUUCGGAUCAUCUACGUUAAACAAACAUACAUACAGUCUUCCGCUCUUCGGCAUGGCCAUAAAGACUGCUAGCGCGUGGCUUAUGUGAGGGAACUAUAAAUCCGUCAUUGGACACGAGGUGCGAGCUUUUUGUAUCUGAACUCUGUUGAACAACUUUUUCCUGAAUUUUUUCUCAUUGGUUGAUAGACUCUUGCGGAUAUUCGGUUGAUAUUUGUGUUUCUUAAUGUGCAAUAAAAUUGUUUUGCAUAAUAAUUAAUUUCAAUAUAAUUUGUGCAAUAUUUUAAAUGACAAAUGACUUAUCAGUUUUCGAAUGAAAUUUUUUUAAUUUACAAAACACUUCCGAUCAGCUUAACAUGUUAAUCAUUAUAUUUUAUUAACGCAAAGAAAAGACAUCAUGUAGAAGUUAUUAAAGAAAUCGAAUGAAGUAAAAAAAGCGACGUGAAAUCAGAUUGCAAUAAAAACAAAGUCGUAUUUCAGCGUUCAUGUGUGUAAAAGCUCAGUGGUCGCGUGCAGUACGAUCACGUCAGAAGCAUACAGCAUUGCACUGAACUAGUGCUUUUCAUUAGUGAUCCUUUAUAUGCCCUCAGUGCAAUCUUUUGUGCAUUCGACUUUUUCAAGUGAAUAAUCAAUUUGAAUAUGCCGGAUUUGUAAAUUCAACUGCUAAUAGGAUACGCGUCUUGCGGAAGAAUAUAAAUGAGAAAAGAUUUCAUCUUUCGCCAAGUCAAAAAGUGCUUUAAUACGAGUGAGUCGGUCAAGUAGCAAUUAGUGAAUUCGGUCACAGACGCUUUGAUAAAGGAGGUGCCGAUGCAUAAGCGGCCAUACGAUGCCGGCACCAGAUACCAGCUGAGAGUCCGUAGUCGACCAUACAUUUGCAAGGACUAUUUGGCGAAUAUUAAUUUAGAAAAAUGAAGAACUUAAAUGAAAAUAAAGUAUUGAACCAUGAAAAUGGCCCAGAAACGAAAAGACUAUUGAAUAUUUCCACAACGCCAGUGACUCCACUUCCAAGUCCUAAGCCUCCAACAAGCGUCGUUGACGAUGUAUUUCGACAAUUACCAAUUACCGAAGAAAUAUCUUGCGGGAUUUGGUGUUUCCGCGGUCCCCUUCUUCAAAGGUUUGCCAACAAAAAAGUCUAUGUGUUUCUAUAUGGAGUCCUUGGGUGUAUUUUCUCUGCAAGUUAUGCCUACUUUAAUGGCACGAUUACUACCAUUGAAAAAAGGUUCAAAAUCCCAUCAAAAACAACAGGCUUCAUAACAGUAGGAAACGACAUAUCGCAGUUACUUGUGUCAGUGGUGCUCUCAUAUUACGCAGGCAAAGGUCACAGGCCUAGAUGGAUCGCUUUUGGUAUUUACACGGUGGUGUUGUUUUGUUGCUUGACCAUGCUACCACACUUUUUAUACGGACCAGGUGAAGACGCCCUUGUUUUAACCAAGGAGUACGGCCCAAAACUUCAAACAUCAAACCUAUCAGACUUGACGAUUGACGAAUUGCCAGAAAAGCAACGUAAAUUUCUUUGUCUAAAUCGUACAAAUGACCAGUACUGCGAAGAAGAGGAAGGCAACUUUGCACCUCAGGCGUUACUUUUUAUAGCUCAACUUGUCUCGGGCAUCGGUGGAUCUUUAUAUUAUACUCUUGGGGUCUCUUAUAUGGACGAUAACAUACAGAAAUCUAAGACGCCAGCUCUCAUUAGUUUUUCUUAUUUUUUGAGGAUGUUAGGUCCAGCAAUUGGAUAUGGACUAGCAUCUUUUGCGCUAAAAUUUUAUAUCAGUCCUACUCUUACACCGACUAUUACUAUGCAAGAUCCGAGGUGGCUAGGAGCAUGGUGGCUUGGCUGGAUAAUCCUAGCAAUUCUUUUAUUCAUCUUUGCUAGCAUCUUGGCCUUGUUUCCAAAAACUUUACCUCGUGCUGCAGCUCGUAAGAUAUUACGAAAUAAAUCAGCGGCUAGUUUUACAGACAAACAACAAGAGCAAGAGCUUCCUGCAUCUUUGAACGAUAUGAUACGAACAUUCAAACGAUUGUUAACAAAUACAACUCUCAUGUGCAAUAACUUGGCUGCUGUGUUCUACUUUAUGGGUUACAUGCCAUAUUGGAUUUUUAUGCCCAAGUAUAUUGAGACUCAGUAUAAACAAUCUGCUUCUGCAUCAUCUCUCAUCACUGGUACAGUUGGUCUUGUCUUCAGUGCUUUUGGCAUUCUUCUGUCAGGAUUGAUUAUCUCCAAAUAUAAGCCGAAGGCUAGAUAUCUUGCUGCAUGGAAUGUGGCGGUUGGUGCAAUAUCAAUUUUUGGUAUGAUCUCGUAUGCCUUUCUGGGUUGUCCUGCUAACGACAAUCAAAUUGCAGUCGAUAGUAGUGGAGCUUUGAAGACUUUUUUACCUUGUAAUGAACAGUGUCAUUGCGACUAUGUUACCUACAAUCCUGUCUGCUCAACGGAUAGAUACACUUUCAUAUCAGCAUGUCAUGCUGGAUGUAAAACUGUCAAGUUCGAUGGUCGAGGGAGAAAGAUAUACUCGGAUUGUAGUUGUGUCAAACCUAGUCUUCCUCAGAUUUUUAACCAAAUUACACAAAAUGAAACCCUAACAAUUUCAUCAAGUGAUACUAUAAAUCAUCUACAAGCAUCAUCUUCUUUAAAUUUUACUACUCCUGGAGCUUGCGAAAUAGACUGCCUGGAUAAAUUUUAUAUAUUUUUAGCUGUCGUCUGUCUUUUGAAAUUUAGUGGAGCUACAGGAAGAGCAUCAAAUUUUCUUGUCUCUGUAAGAUGUGUAGAAGAUAAAGACAAGACGGUUGCAAUGGGUUUCAGUUUAACAAUUAUGAGUCUUUUUGCAUUCAUACCAUCACCCAUUCUUUUUGGAUUCAUACUCGAUAAAACUUGUCUUGUAUGGGGUAAAACGUGUACUGGCACCGGGAAUUGUUGGUUGUACAACGGAGAAACACUGCGUUACCUUUUAAAUUUUACAGCAGCAAGCUUCGUUACAUUGGGUACGCUGUUUGAUGUCGGUGUGUGGUAUUACGUAAAAGAUGUCAAAAUAUUUGAUGAAGAAGUUGAAUUAGAAAAUAUUAACGAACAGCCUAGUAAUACGUGAAAAAAAAUAUAAUUUUGUUAUUGGACAAUCAAUGUUAUAAAAUCAUUACUAGUCUGAAAUAUCAAUGCAGGAAAACAAUUUAUUUCCAGAUACUUCACCGGAAGAUGUCACCAAUUAAAAAUUAUUAUUACUAUUUUUUACUGAAUUUUAUACCGAAUUUAAAAAACGUUUAUAAAAGAUUGGUGAAAAAUGUCACUGAAUGUUAUUUAAUUUAAAAAUAAAUGAGUUUAUAACGGA